UACUAAAACGUCAUCACAAUGGCCCGGAAUUUCCUCCUCGCUAGAUUUGGCGCAUGCGCACAUCGAAAAAGAAUGCGGACUUCGCAGCUCUCCCAAUAUUAAACUGUUUGAUGGCCAUAAUUCGAUAAAUCAUGUCGAAAGCACCAUCUCAGCCCGGUUCUUCGGGUGCCGCUGCCAACCUGGGACCUUCAUCGUCCUCCUCCUGCUCCUCACCCUCGGCAGGUGGCACGACGUCCCCUGCUAACGUGCUGCACGCACAGCCCGAGAAACCCCAGCACUACACGUAUCUGAAGGAGUUUAGGACAGAGCAGUGUCCUCUAUUCGUGCAGCACAAGUGCACUCAGCACAGGCCCUUCACCUGCUUCCACUGGCACUUCUUGAACCAGAGACGGCGGAGGCCGAUUCGCAGACGUGAUGGAACUUUUAAUUACAGCCCUGAUGUGUACUGCGUCAAAUACGACGAGGGCACAGGGACUUGUCCCGAUGGAGAUGAGUGUCCAUUUUUGCACCGAACAGCCGGAGACACAGAGAGGCGGUAUCACCUGCGGUACUAUAAGACCGGUUCCUGUAUCCACGAGACUGAUGGGAAGGGCCACUGCAGUAAGAACGGCCCUCACUGUGCCUUUGCUCACGGCUCCCAUGACCUCCGUAGCCCGGUCUAUGACAUCAGAGAGGUUCAGGUGUUAGAAGCCCAAGCUGCUACUGGAUUGGUUGAGGGAACAUCUGGAGAAGGGCAGUCUGGAGUUGUGGCCAGCACUGCACUCAUAGAAAAAAUCCUGAGUGAAGAUCCACGCUGGCAAGACAACAGUUUCGUGCUCUCCCAUUACAAGACUGAGCUUUGCAAAAAACCUCCUCGGCUGUGCCGUCAGGGCUAUGCAUGUCCCUAUUAUCACAACAGCAAAGACCGCAGACGGAGCCCUCAUAAGCACAAAUACAGAGCCCUGCCGUGUCCCUCAGUGAAGCACAGUGAUGAGUGGGGGGACCCCAGUAAAUGUGAAAGCGGAGAAAGCUGCCCGUACUGCCACACGCGGACAGAACAGCAGUUCCACCCGGAGAUCUACAAAUCCACCAAAUGCAACGACAUUCAGCAAAGUGGACACUGUCCCAGAGGGCCGUUCUGCGCUUUUGCCCAUUUAGAAAAAGUAAGCAUCAGUGAUGAGCAGCUGUCUGCACAAUGCAGUUCACCUCCUCUUGCAACUUCCUGCCCCUCUACCUUAGAAGACUUCAGCCAGAGUGGCUUGAGCGCAACUACAGAAGAAGGGCUGCUGGGAAGGGUUCUGUUUGAGGAGUCCUCCAGUCUUGAUGCCUGUCUAGGAGGAGAGGGGGGUUAUGGGAAAGCCCCUGGGUUUGAGAGGGAAGACCAGGCCAAAUAUAGAAGUUUUUCAAUGGAACAUCGCAGCAGAGACAUGUCCUCCAUGCACAGCAAACAGGAUUUGUUGGUGUUUCUGCCUGUCGGCAGUCCUCUCAGUAUGUCCUCCAGUGUACCUUCCAGCCUGGCAGCCACUCCACCCAGCCCUGCACCCCCCGGCCCCUCAUCAGGCAUGAACGCCAACGCUCUUCCUUUCUACCCUACAAGUGACACAGUGGAGUCUGUAGUGGAAUCUGCCCUGGAUGAUCUGGACCUGAAUGACUUUGGAGUCUCAGCUCUUGAGAAAAGUCUGGAGAGUUCAGCUCUACCCAGCAUGGGCCUCAUGUUGGGAGGCAGUCAGUUACAAAGUUCAGCACCUGUCAACAUCCCUGGCUCCCUAAGUAGCCCCUCCCCUUUCAGAUCACCCUCACCUUCUCCACCAAUCAGAGCUCACCAUUCUCCAUUCCUCUCAGCGCAGUUGCCACAACCCAGCCAAUCAGAGAGUAGCUUUUUGGGGACCUCUCAUGGUUCUUUAGGUUUAAAUGGCAUGAACAGCAGUAUUUGGGAACAUUUUCCGACAGGCCAAAGCUCGCCAGGUACCCCCCCUGCCCUGCUCUCCACAGGGAGCAUGUAUGCCGAGGCGUCACGUCUCAAACAGGAAGUGGAGGAGGCACACAGGGUGCUGAAACACUGGGACCACAGCUGGAGACAGAUGGCUCAGUCAUUGGCCGUCUUAAAAUCAGACGCAGAGGAAGCUCGUCACUUGGCGGGGCAGCUGGGUAUGGAGGCGGAGCGAGCGCGGCAGGCUGAAGUGGAGGCGCAGCAGCAAGCAGCACUCCUGGAGGAGGCGCUAGAGAGCCUAAGGCAUGCAGAAAACCCACAUCUACAGCUUCACCAGCUACAGUUACUCCACAGACUUCCACUCAGCUCCAUCUGCAGCCUGCAGGCACAGAUCUGCUCCUGCUUACGCACUGUAGAACAGGCUGUGUUCAGGAAGCAGAGAUUAUAUUGUCUAUCUUGCAAUGAGAUGGGAUCAGUGACGUUGCCAUGCCAACAUGGCCUGCACUGCGAACAAUGUGCAGCCUCGACAGAAUGCCCGCUGUGCACCGAACACCAGUAGAGCAUGAAUAUCCCGCAGUCACAAACUCAGACGUAAUCCUAAAGCUAUAAUCCAGACACUAGACAUAAACCCUGACCCCUCACAUGUUCUUCAUUUAAAUCUAGGGUUAAAUGUAUCCUACAAAGCCCAAAUCUAAAAGAAAUGAAACCACCUCAGCCUUAUCUUGGCUAAAAGCUGAGACUUAAUUGAGAAAUAUGAUUUUGUUUGAUGCAUAUUGACCAUAUCAAUAAGACAUGCCAUGGCAUAUCCUUUACACUAGCAUGCAAGCAGUCCUAAACCUCAGUGGGACCAUUUUCUUCCUCCAAAAGAAAGAAAAUUACUAGAGAAACUAUGACAUACAUGAUCAGUUUGUGAUAUUUUCAUGUUUAUUGUGGGGACAAAACAUCACAUAUAUAUAUAAUAAUAUGCUUAUGUCUCAUUGUAAUCAUAAUUUCCCAUGUAUUUUAAAUGAGAACAAAACAAACAUAACCUGCAUUAGUAUUCUGACAUUGCCUAAGUUUUGUAAAGCACUAAUAAUUGAGUUAGUGCUUUCUAUGAAACGCAUUUAGAGAGAAAUAUUUAAGUGAUGAUCAUGAUACCAAAUUCUGAUAUUCCCUAUAUGCUUUAUGUAGAAGCGUAACACAUACAACACAUAUAAUAAGACAAUCCUGUUUGUUUUUAAACAUCUUUAAGUCAAAAUGUGGAAUGUCCUUCCAGAACAUUCUGAAGUGUUUACAGAAGAAAUGCAGUUUGUGUAUCUUCAGUGCAGCUGAAAUGACUUUUACCAGAUGGGAAGAUUUCAUAAUUAAUACAGAUUAGCAUAGUAGGUAGCUAUAUAGGAAAUUUACAAUUACUUUUGUAGGAUUUUUUAAAGGAGAAAUUCCAGGAGACUGCUACACAGCAAAAUGCCGAAAACAUGGUUUUGCAGCUUUUCAUUCUCAGGUUUUUUUUUUUUUAUUAAAAAGAGUCAUGGUAAACUGGAGUGCAAAAGCAAGAAGGCAAACACUUUUUAUGUUAUUCCUAGAAUUUGCUUAUUUUAUUUAAUGCAUUUAUUGAAUGAAUAAUUUGCCUGUUUACUAAACCAACAGCACGUUCCCCAACUGCAGCUUUCUGUUCAUGUAGAGGCGUUUUAUGUGAACACAUUUCUGACACCAGUGGAGAAUAGAAAUCAUGUGCACUGAUUACCAAACAUAACAGCAGUCAUAAGCUACGGCUGUCAGAAGAGGGCUUGACUUUCGAUUUAUUCGGAUGAUUUUAGUUGAAUUCAGUUUGAAGGCACAGUUAUAUAGGAUGCUCAACAUACGACUUCCUUUGAAACAGAACUUCACUGUGAAUUCACAAAUCACAUGCUCAGUUUUGUUCAUAUACAGUGUCUCAGUCUGAUUUUGUAAAAGACAAUAAAUGUAUAUUUUUGGAUGAAAA